AUGGCAAAGUCGAGGCAAAAAUCGUCAAACCAGGAUUCUUCGAUGUCGCCUACUGCUGCAAGAUCAAGGGAGUCGGAAGGUCCAUCUAGAUGGGCAGAUUAUCUCGGAACAGAUGCAGCUUCUCCACUAUCUUCUACGAGUUCAAGGAAUUUAGGUCAUGAUGGGCAGUCCCAGGGCUCUACGCCGUCUCAACCUCACAAGGGUCUUAACAUGCAGUGGGUUGUGCAGCUUACUGAUGUUGCUGAAGGUCUUAUGGCUAAGAUGUAUAGGUUAAAUCAAAUUUUGGAUUAUCCGGACCCCAUCAAUCAUGUGUUUUCGGAUGGAUUUUGGAAAGCUGGGGUAUUCCCUAACCAUCCUAGAAUCUGUGUUUUGCUCUCCAAGAAAUUUCCAGAACAUUUCAGCAAAUUGCAACUAGAACGUAUAGAUAAGAUGGCUUGGGACUCGAUGCAAGAUCAUGCAGAACUUCAUUUACAGAGCUUGGAACCAUGGGUGCAGCUACUUCUUGACUUGAUGGUGUUUCGUGAACAAGCCCUACGACUUAUUUUGGAUCUAAGUAGUACAGUAAUUACUUUAUUGCCCCAUCAGAAUUCUCUUAUACUGCAUGCAUUUAUGGAUCUCUUCUGCUCAUUUGUACGGGUUAACCUUUUCUCCGAGAAGAUGCCAAGAAAGAUGUUGCUUCAGACCUAUAACCUUCUACAUGCAAUGUCAAGAAAUGAACGGGAUUGUGAUUUUUAUCAUCGCUUGGUACAGUUCAUCGACUCUUAUGAUCCACCACUAAAAGGCUUACAGGAAGACCUAAAUUUUGUGAGCCCUCGAAUUGGAGAGGUAUUGGAGGCUGUAGGCCCUAUUAUAUUUCUAUCAACAGACACAAAGAAACUUAGAAAUGAAGGAUUUUUAAGUCCAUAUCAUCCUCGGUAUCCAGACAUACUCACAAAUUCUGCUCAUCCGCUGAGAGCACAAGAUCUUGCAAAUGUAACCGCAUAUCGAGAAUGGGUGUUAUUUGGGUAUCUUGUCUGCCCUGAUGAGCUGCGUCGUGUCACUAGUAUUGAUAUUGCUUUGGUUGUAUUGAAGGAGAAUUUAGUCCUCACAUUAUUCAGAGAUGAGUACAUACUUUUGCAUGAGGAGUAUCAGCUGUACGUUCUACCUCGAAUAUUAGAAUCUAAGAAGAUGGCAAAAUCCGGACGCACAAAGCAAAAAGAGGCAGAUAUGGAAUAUAAUGUUGCAAAGCAGGUUGAGAAAAUGAUAAGUGAAGUGCAUGAACAAGCAUUAUUAUCUUGUGAUGCCAUACAUCGGGAAAGGAGAAUUUUGCUGAAACAAGAAAUAGGGAGAAUGGUGUUGUUUUUUACUGAUCAGCCCAGUCUAUUGGCCCCCAACAUUCAGAUGGUGUUUUCUGCCUUGGCUUUAGCACAAUGUGAAGUGAUCUGGUAUUUCCAACAUGUUGGGGUUGCAUCAUCAAAAUCUAGAACUGCUCGUGUGGUGCCAGUGGACAUUGACCCAAAUGACCCAACCAUUGGGUUUCUAUUGGAUGGAAUGGACCAUUUAUGUUGCUUGGUUCGGAAAUACAUUGCAGCAAUUCGAGGUUACUCAUUGUCUUAUCUUUCAUCCUGUGCUGGAAGAAUCCGGUUUUUGCUGGGAACCCCUGGAAUGGUGGCUCUUGACAUAGAUGCUAGUUUGAAAGGACUUCUUCAGCAGAUCGUCCACCACCUUGAGCACUUGCCAAAACCACAGAGUGAAAAUAUAUCUGCUAUCACUUGUGAUCUGUCGGAUUUUCGAAAGGACUGGCUAUCAAUUUUGCUGAUGGUCACAUCUUCUCGUUCAUCUAUAAACAUUAGGCACUUGGAGAAAGCCACAGUUUCCACCGGCAAAGAAGGCUUACUAUCAGAGGGGAAUGCUGCUUACAAUUGGUCCAGAUGCGUGGAUGAAUUGGAAUCCCUACUUUCAAAGCAUGGUAGUCUUAGAAAGCUGUACUUUUACCACCAGCACCUCACAGCUGUUUUUAGAAACACUAUGUUUGGCCCAGAAGGGCGUCCUCAACAUUGCUGUGCAUGGCUUGGGAUCGCUAGUAGUUUUCCAGAGUGUGCAUCUCCUGUUGUUCCAGAAGAGGUUACGAAAUUUGGCAGGGACGCUGUUCUCUAUGUCGAAUCUCUGAUUGAAUCCAUCAUGGGGGGAUUGGAAGGAUUAAUAAAUAUUCUUGACUCUGAAGGAGGAUUUGGGGCCCUAGAAAAUCAGCUUCUUCCAGAGCAAGCAGCUUCAUAUCUUAAUUAUGCAUCAAGAGUGUCUAUUCCAUCAUAUAAAUCUCCAAAAGGGACUGCUGGCUUUCCUUUACCUGGACAUGAAAGUUUCCCUGAAAAUAAUAGUUCGAUCAAAAUGUUAGAAGCUGCAAUGCAGAGGUUGACCAAUUUGUGCUCAGUUUUAAAUGAUAUGGAGCCCAUAUGUGUUUUAAACCAUGUCUUUGUUCUGAGAGAGUACAUGAGAGAAUGCGUUCUUGGUAAUUUCAGAAGAAGGUUGCUUGGUGUUCUGAAAACUGAUAAUGAUCUUCAACGGCCUUCUGUUCUGGAAUCACUGAUUCGGAGACAUGUUAGCAUUGUGCAUCUUGCAGAGCAGCACAUCAGCAUGGACAUUACUCAGGGUAUUCGUGAAGUUUUGCUUUUAGAAGCCUUUUCAGGACCAGUUUCUUCUCUGCACUUGUUUGAGAAGCCAACAGACCAACAUACAGGAUCGGCCACCGAAUCUGUGUGCAAUUGGUAUAUUGAAAAUAUAAUCAAGGAUGUAUCCGGUGCUGGGAUAUUGUUUGUUCCAAUUCAUAAAUGCUUUAGGAGUACAAGGCCUGUUGGUGGAUACUUUGCAGAAUCAGUCACAGAUCUAAGUGAACUGCAGGCUUUUGUACGUAUUUUUGGUGGCUAUGGAGUAGACAGGCUAGACAGAAUGCUUAAAGAGCACACUGCUGCACUUUUGAAUUGCAUUGACACCUCAUUGCGAUCAAAUCGUGAUGUGCUAGAAGCAGUUGCUUCUAGUCUUCAUGCUGGUGAUAGAAUUGAAAGAGAAGCUUCUAUGAAGCAAAUAGUUGAUCUGGAAACUGUGAUAGGUUUUUGUAUUCAGGCUGGUCUGGCCCUAGCUUUUGAUAAGCUACUAUCUGAGGCUUCUGGUGCCAUACUUGAAGAAGGCGCCCCCUUGAUACAUUCACUGCUAACCGGGGUGGUUAAACAUCUACCUGAUGGAGUACCAGAAAAGGAAGAGAUCAGGAGAAUGAGAACAGUGGCAAAUACUGCAGGUGUUGUAAGUGACCAUGAUUCCAUUUGGGUAAGAUCAAUUUUAGAGGAUGUUGGUGGUGCAAGUGAUGGUUCAUGGAGCUUGUUACCCUACUUAUUUGCAACAUUCAUGACAUCUAAUAUAUGGUCCACCACGGCAUUUAAUGUUGACACUGAGGGUUUUAGUAAUAACAUCCAUUGCUUGGCAAGAUGCAUUUCUGCAGUGAUUGCUGGAAGUGAGUUUGUUAGAUUGGAACGUGAACAUCAGCAUCGGCAGUCUUUAAACAAUGGGCAUGUCAGUGAGGAAAUGGAUCCUGAAUUAUCAAAUCAUAUGUCAGCUGAAGCAAGCAUCAAUUCCACGCUGCAGUUAUUUCUGAAACUCUCUGCAGAGAUGAUACUGGAUUCUUGGAGUGAAACACAUAGAUCUCAUCUUGUGGCACAACUUAUCUUCCUAGACCAACUUUGUGAGAUUUCACCAUACCUUCCACGAAGCUCGCUGGAAACUCAUGUUCCUUAUGCUAUUCUCCGCUCAGUCUACAGUCAAUACUAUGCUGAUAGUCCAUCAACUCCAUUGGCAAUACUGAACGCAUCACCCCGGCAUUCACCUGCUAUAUCGCUAGGCCAUGCUUCUCCUGUCACAAGGCAUCCUCGCGGGGACUCCACCCCUCCGUAUUAUGGCCAUGAUUCAGGAUACUUUAAAGGAUCAUCAUCACACAGUCAAGAGCAUAUCUAUGAGGCUGAUAUUAGCAGCUUAAGGAACACCCGUCGUUCUGGGCCAUUGGAUUAUGGUGCAAGCCGUAAUAAGGUUAGAUCUGUUGAAGGCUCAGCUUCUGGUAGUAAUGGACCCAGUCCACUUCCUAGAUUUGCAGUAUCUAGAUCUGGUCCAUUAGCAUACAAGUAG